AUGACCUUCACCUUCACAGUCCUGCUCUGUCUGGGACUGACUCUGGGCCUGGGGACCCCAGUGCUGGCAGAGGCCCUCCCUAAGCCUAUCCUCACAGUACAGCCAGACUCUGUGGUCCACAAGCAAACUACACUGACCUUCUUGUGUGAUGGGACCACGGAAGGCAAAUCAUACAGAUUCUAUAAAGGAGAAUAUAAAAAACUAAGUCACACAGAGAUUCCACAGAAUCAGAACAAAGUUGAAUUCUCAAUCUCAAAAAUAGACCACCAGCAUGCAGGACAAUAUCAAUGUCAGUAUCAUAAUAGUAAUGGAUGGUCAGAGUACCAUGACUCCCUGGAUAUGGUGGUGAUAGGAGUCUACAGUAAACCCAGCCUGUCAGCCCACCCCAGUCCUGUGGUGACUGAAGGGGGGAAUGUCACCCUCCAGUGUGUCUCAAGACAGUCACAUCACUUGUUCAUUCUGACUAAAGAAGGACCACAGAAUCUCUCCUGGACAAUGGACUCACAGUACAGCUACUAUACUAAACAGUUCCAUGCUCUGUUCUCUGUGGGCCCUGUGACCUCCAGUCAAAGGUGGACACUCAGAUGCUACAGCUUUAACAGGAACAGCGCACAGGUGUGGUCAGAACCUAGUGAUCCCCUGGAGCUCCUGUUCUCAGGGACCCUACACAAACCCACCAUCAAGGCUGAGCCACGCUCUGUGGUCACCUCAGAAAGCCCCAUGACCAUCUGGUGUGAGGGGACCCUGGAUGCAGAAAUAUGUGUUCUACAUAAAGAGGGAAGCCAAAAAACCUGGGGCACACAGACCCCAGAGAAUCCUGAGAACAAGGCCAAGUUCUCCAUCCCUUCUGUGACACUGCAAUACAUGGGACAAUAUCGCUGUUACUGUUACAGCUCAGCUGGCUGGUCAGAGUGCAGUGGCAUCCUGGAACUGGUGGUGACAGGAAACUACUACAAUAAACCCAGCCUGACAGCCCUGCCCAGGCCUGUGGUGACCUUAGGAGGGAUCAUGACCCUCCAGUGUGUCUCAAAGGAGGGAAAUGAUAAACUUGUUCUCACCAAGGAAGAUCAGAAGUUCCUCAGCUCUCUGAACUCACAGUAUAUACCCAGUAUUAGGCAGUGGCAAGCCUUGUUCUCUAUAAAUCAUGUAACACCAGACCACAGAGGGACAUUCAGAUGUUAUGGUUACUACAUCCAAACUCCACAUUUGUGGUCAGUACCCAGUGAGGCCCUGGAAAUACACAUCUCUGGUCUGUCCAAGAAGCCCUCCUUGCUGACUCACCAAGGACAUAUCCUGGAUCUUGGAAAGACCCUCACCCUGCAGUGUUACUCUGAUGUCAACUAUGACAGAUAUGCCUUGUUGAAGUUUGGAGAAACUGACUUCACCCAGCACGGUGUCCAGUGGACCCAGAGUGGCCUCUCCUUGGCCAACUUCACACUGGGCCCUGUGAGCAACUCUACUGGAGGCCAAUACAGAUGCUAUGGUGCACACAACCUCUCCUCUGAAUGGUCAGCCACCAGUGACUCCCUGGACAUCCUGAUCACAGGACAUUUUUCUGUCAGUCCUUCCUUCUCAGUGAAGCCUAACUCCACAGUACACUCUGGAGACAACGUGACCCUGCUGUGCCAGUUACCAUACAAGGUGGACACUUUCAUUCUGUGCAGGGAGGGAGCAGACCACCAACCCCAGCAACUAAAAUCAAAGUCUGAAGCUUAGGAGUUUCAGGCAGAAUUCUCUAUGAGUUAUGUGACCUCUGCUCUCUUGGGCACCUAAAGGUGCUAUGGUUCCCAAGACUCAUCUCCCUACCUCUUGUCACAUGACAGUUCCCCUGUGGAGCUCACUGUCUCAGGACCCAUUGGAACCUCCAGCUCACCACCCUUAACGCCCAUGCCAACAUCUGGACUGGAAGGGUACCUGAAGGCUCUGGUCGGAGUCUCUGUGGCCUUCCUCCUGUUCCUCCUCAUCCUCAUCUUCUUCCUUCUCCGACAAAGGCAUCAGGGAAAAUUCAGGAAGGAUGCCCAGAAAGACAUGGAAUUGCAACUUCCUGCAGGAGCUGCGGAGCCAGUAUUCAGAGACAGAGGCUCCCAGAAGAGAUCCAAUCCAGCUACUGCCACCCAGGAAGAAAGCCUUUACGCUUCAGUGGAGGACACACAGCCUGAGGAUGGUGCCAAGCAGGACAGUUGGAGACCAGCUGAGGGAGACCCCCAGGGAGAGACAUAUGCCCAGGUGAAAGGCUCCAGGCUCAGGAGGGCAGGAGCUGUCCUUCCUUCUGUCAUAUCAAGAGAAGUCCUGGACACCAAAGAUGGACAAGCAGAAGAUGACAGAGAGAUGGACAGUCAGAUGGGUCCUGCUGCUGAAUCCGAGGAGCCCCAGGAUGUGACCUAUGCCCAGCUGUGCAUCAGGUCACUCAGAGAGGGGACAGCUGCACCUCCUCCCUCCCAGGUAGGGGAAGCCACAGAGGAGUCCACUGUAUAUGCUGCUCUGGCAGUCACUCAACCGGGUUCUGUUCCCAGUAACAAGGAGCAAUGA